AUGAAGGGCUCCUAUGUAGGCACUUUGCUAUUGGCCUUCCUUGGCACCACAUUAGCCAAAGAGAGAGCCUCCUGUGCAGACACCAGGGUCUGUAUGCCAGUCACUCAUGACAUGUUGCCUAUGCAGGACAUGACUUCACCAUUUGGUCAGUGUCUCGUGACAUGCGUGGAAGACGAGAAAGUGUGUUGUAGCCAGAGUUGUGCUCCGCCCCUCGCCUGCCGGACCAACUUUGCCAACUGCCAUCUCAAAUGUCGCGACCAUGAAAUUCCUCCUCGCUUCCAGUGUCUGGACAAUUGUAUUAUGAUCGUGAACAACUGCAAGGCUGAGGCAGUUAUCGAGCCUCAGGUUUUGGAGCAUAACGAGCAUUGCAACAAGGACUUUCAUUCUUGCCAACGCACUUGUCGACACGUAUAG